GCAGUUAACCAAAUCCUAAAACUUUUCAUUGCUGAUUCAACCAUGAGUGAUGUGGUGAGUUCUAUUGUAUUGAGAUAACGAUGAUGGUUACCCUCAUUGAGUUCAAAACUGUGGAAUCCAAAAGCAUAACAAUAAGGAACACACUCUCUAGGUUGAUUGAAGAAUGCAAGAACCUGAGAGAGCUCAAAACAAUUCAUACUCAUAUUCUAAAGUCCCCAACUUUACACAUUGGUGACCAAUAUCAUCUCAUUACCCGUCUCCUUUUUUGUUGCUCCUUUUCCAAUUAUAGUUCUUUCAACUAUGCCACCAAGGUUUUUCACACGAUCAAGAACCCAGAUCUUCGUGUCUACAACAUCAUGAUCAGAGCAAAUGUAAAGAUGGAGGUGGAUGAUGGAACCCAUUUUUGCAGGGCUUUGAUGCUGUAUAAGCAAAUGCUUUGCAAGGACAUUGUGCCCAAUUGCCUCACUUUCACUUUCCUUGCAAAGGGUUGCACUAGGUGGCUGGAAUAUGGUGCUACUGGCCAAGUUAUUCACACCCAAGUGAUAAAGUUUGGAUUUUUUAAGGAUGUUUAUGUUGGGAAUUGUUUGAUUAGCUUGUACAUGAGUUGUGGGUUGUUGAAUAAUGCCAGGAAGUUGUUUGAUGAAAUGGUUGUUAGAGAUGUUGUCACUUGGAACUCAAUGGUUAUUGGGUAUUCGAGAAGUGGAGGACUUGACAUGGCAUUGGAUUUGUUUAGGAAGAUGAAUGGGAGGAAUGUCAUAACUUGGAAUUCCAUUAUUACAGGGCUGGUGCAAGGUGGGAGGGCUAAGGAGUCACUAGAACUUUUCCAUGAAAUGCAGAUUUUGAAUGAUGAUAAGAUUAAACCGGAUAAAAUUACUAUAGCAAGUGUCCUUUCAGCUUGUGCUCAACUUGGUGCUAUAGACCAUGGGAAAUGGGUGCAUGGUUACCUGAGAAGACAUGGCAUAGAGUGUGACGUGGUAAUUGGAACAGCACUAGUCAAUAUGUACGGCAAGUGUGGAGAUGUGCAGAAAGCAUUUGAAAUCUUCAAAGAAAUGCCUCAAAAGGAUACAUCAGCUUGGACAGCAAUGAUUUUGGUGUUUUCUGUUCAUGGAUUAGGUUGGAAGGCUUUUGAUUGCUUUUCAGAUAUGGAAAGAGCUGGAGUAAAGCCAAACCAUGUGACAUUUGUUGGAUUAUUGUCAGCUUGUGCUCAUUCUGGUUUGGUUGUGCAAGGUCGCUGGUGCUUCGAUGUCAUGAAAUGUGUUUACUUAAUUGAACCGCAAGUUUAUCACUAUGCUUGCAUGGUUGAUAUUCUUAGCAGAGCCAGACUCUUUGAUGAGUCAGAGAUUCUCAUAAGAAGCAUGCCAAUGAAGCCAGAUGUUUAUGUUUGGGGUGCAUUACUUGGAGGAUGUCAGAUGCAUGGGAAUGUAGAAUUAGGAGAAAAGGUAGCUCAUAAUUUGAUAGAGUUGGAACCUCGUAAUCAUGCUUUCUACAUAAACUUGUGUGAUAUAUAUGCUAAAGCUGGCAGGUUUGAUGCUGCCAGAAGAAUUAGGAAUCUAAUGAAAGAAAGAAGAAUAGAAAAUAAAAUCCCAGGCUGUAGCAUGAUUGAAAUCAAUGGAGUGGUUCAAGAAUUCUCAGCUGGAGGAUCAUCUGAACUUCCCAUGAAAGAACUAGUAUUGGUCUUAAAUAGACUAAGUAAUGAGAUGAAGAUAUGUGUAUAGUAGUUAUCAGAAGCAGCAGAAGACUUCAAAUGGUUGUAUGGCAAAUCUGCACAUUGCCUUAUUAAUUUAACAGUAGUCCAACAAUCAACCAUGUGCUGCAAUGUGUGGCCAUCCACCAAUUCAAUUAUUGAUUGAUGUGGUAUAAAUACACACUACUCUUCUACAGUAUGCUUGGUACCUUCAUAUCAGAUUGGGAUCUCAUCAACAGAAUUGUCUCCAAACAUCAUGCAAUUCAGAACUCCCAAAAAUCAAGCAAACUGAUGAGAAAAUUUUCACCAUAAGUGAUCUCGUCGUGCAAUUCCUUAUUUACAUUGUUUAGUAUUUCAAUUGAUGAUUAAGUGGCUGUAAAUAGAAUCUACUGUGAAUUUUCUCUCUCCUUCCUGGUUUAUGGUGGCAUUCAUCCAUGAAUCUGCUUAUUACUUACCUUUUCAAUAAAAAUUAGGCAUUUUGAUAUGCCAAUUUAACUAAUUAUAGCUAAGUUAUACCCUUUAU